CACACACAACACAAACACGAUGGUGUUGAUGGUGUCAGUUUCAUCAUCUCCACCUUACAACCUCACCUUCCUUCGCCCCAUUGUUUCUUUAACUCCAUCUUCUUCUUCUUCUUCUUCUUCUUCUUCUUCUUCUAGCACUCAACCUCUUCGAAACCUCCCAUUCAGGCUCGUUACCAAAAUCCAAAGCCUUGGAAAAGGAAGAGAAGCUGUACCCUCAGAGCCAGGUUUUGAUCCCAAGGGCGGUGUCUCUGUUUACAAACCAAAAUCCUAUGAAGUUCUCGUCACUGAUGCUGCUAAUUCCCUUUCUUAUGCUCUUCAGGAUGGACUACUUCGCCUCGAGAUCGAUUUUCCGCCCUUACCCAGCAACAUAUCUUCUUAUAAGGGAUCUUCAGAUGAGUUCAUUGAUGCCAACGUUCAACUUGCCUUGGCUGUUGUGAGAAAGCUCCGGGAGAAAAAGGAAACCAGAGCUUGCAUAGUAUUCCCUGAUAAGCCAGAGAAGCGUCGAGCCUGUCAGUUGUUCAAAGCAGCUCUGGAUUCAAUUGAUGGCAUUACCAUAGGUUCCUUAGAUGAUGUCCCAGCUGGACCUAUGACUUCAUUUUUCAGAUCUAUCAGGAAUACCCUUGAUUUUGACUUUGAAGAUGAAAAUGAAGAUCGUUGGCAGUCUAGUGACCCUCCAUCACUCUACAUAUUCAUUAACUGCAGCACACGUGAACUUGCUAAUAUAGAGAAGUAUGUGGAAAAAUUUGCUACAUCAACACCAACACUUUUAUUUAAUCUUGAACUAGACACACUGCGUGCUGAUUUGGGCCUUCUGGGCUUCCCAACCAAAGAUUUGCACUACCGCUUUCUUUCUCAAUUCACUCCAGUGUUCUACAUUCGAAUUAGAGAGUAUUCAAAGACAGUUGCAGUAGCACCAUAUAUUGUCAAUUACAGUGGAGCUGUGUUCCGCCAGUACCCAGGUCCUUGGCAGGUAAUGCUUAAACAAGCGGAUGGUUCUUAUGCUUGCGUAGCAGAAAGUGCAACUCGCUUCACCCUUGGUGAAGCCAAAGAAGAACUGUUGAGGGUCCUGGGACUUCAAGAAGAAGAGGGAAGCUCUCUGGAAUUUCUUCGAAGAGGCUACAAGGUAAGCACGUGGUGGGAAGAAGAUGUGGAUUUGGAAGUAUCUUCUGCAUGGCGGAAUUGAGUAGUACAUUACUAGAAGAGAUUCUGUGGUUUAUUGCAUCCACAUGUAGUCAUUGAAUGCUCACAUGUAAUCAAGGAAGGCAUUUCCUACAGAACCGACCAAUUUUUAUUUUUUAAUAUUCUUUGUUGUAAUAUCUUCCCAUUCUUCCCCUUUCAGUUUGAAACGGAUGUGACCCAUUUGUGGCAAAGAAAUAUGAGAAAGAAAUUGCAACUCAAUUGUAACAUGUCAAUUGUAGGCAUCCACAAGUGCAUCUCAGCUGUUAGUACGUACAACAGUUUGGGAUCCAGCAUGUCUCUGAGAUGACCAUGCAACUCUAUUUAGUGGAAUCUUGUUGCAUUCCUUGACCAAGCAAUCCAUAUGGUU